AUGUCACGAAUGUGGGAGGUUGAUCCGGAGACGAAGGCAAAGCUCCAUCAAUACUCAAAAAUCAACGGAAACGACCGAUGUUGCGACUGUGGCGCCCCUUCUCCUCAAUGGGCUUCGCCCAAAUUCGGGACCUUCAUCUGCCUUAACUGCGCAGGUACCCACCGCGGGCUGGGGGUACACAUCUCCUUCGUUCGGUCAAUCACUAUGGACGCCUUCAAGAACUCCGAGACACAUCGCAUGGAACUAGGAGGCAACAAUCCGUGGAAGGAAUUCUUCGACGCACACGCAAUCACACAGUCCGAGGGCCGCACAUUCGAGGAUUCAACAAUUAAAGAACGGUACGAGGGCGAGGUCGGUGAGGAAUGGAAGGAGAGACUGAGCGCCAGAGUCGAGGGACGGGAAUACGUACCGGGUCAGCGACCACCAAAGCCGGUUGCGAAGACUGCAGUCGAUACGGGGAGCUCGCGGUCGAACACGCCCCUUUCGAAUACGGGACCCGCGCGUGGCUCUUCGUCUUCGCCUGCUUUGAAGGAGGGCCCGGGUGGUGUUGAGGGUGCAGCAGCGAGUCGCAAGGCGCGCAAUGAGGAGUACUUUGCGAAAAUGGGUUCGGAGAAUGCGACAAGGUCGGAAACGCUUCGUCCCUCCGAAGGUGGCAAGUUUACGGGCUUCGGAGGUGGAUUGCCUGUUGAAGACUCAUCCAAGCAGGGGGGAAACUCUGCACCGGCGUUGAAUGAUUUCCAGAAGGAUCCAAUGGCUGCGUUGACGAAGGGGUUCGGGUGGUUCACGACGACUGUUGGGAAGAGCGCAAAGACUAUGAAUGACUCGUUUAUCCAGCCCACAGCGAAGUCGUUCGCUGAAUCUGACUUCGCCGCCCAAGCCCGCCAACACGCAACCCAAUUCGGCCAAAACAUCCAAGUCGGCGCCCGCGGUGCCGCAGACUCCUUCAACCGCUUCGUCGAGGGCCCCAACGAUGUUCCCGGCGGUGCCAGACGCGGCCGCGCCGAGCCCGAGCGCAAGGAUUUCUGGGAUGACUUCGCGUCCCUCGGUGCCCAGGAUAGUCAUCGCAGGACCGCAUCCAAGUCCGGUGCUCUCGGGACCACGGCAAUGAAACCAGGUCCCGGCGCUACAUCUUCGGGCACGGCGACAGCGUCUGCUGGCUCUGCACCUACCCCUGCGGGUACUGGGAGGGCGUCCCCUACGCCUGGAUCAAGGAAAAGCCAGGAGGAUGGGGCAUGGGAUGAUAAUUGGUGA